GUCACCAUUUUUGAUGGCUAUUGACAGUCAUAGUGUGCGGUCAAUUAUUUCCUAUCGACUUCAUUUGCUUUUUAUCGGUUAGUGCAAAUCGCACUGUGCGAUACUACGCCUACUUCGGUAGCAUUGGAUUUUCUAAGUCGUUCCUGCAGGGACCAACGUUGAACACGUGUGCUAAGGUCCAGUGCCAACGACAUCUUCGUUGUAUUUCAGGUGCACAUUGCUUCAUCUUUCGUUUGUUUUUAGUGUUAUGACUGAGAGAUCGCAAUUAUUUUCGUAAGAAUUUGACGAAAACUAUAGCAAAGGCAGUUUUUGACAAAACAGCAAAGUUGACACUCGACCAGAAUGUCCAAUGAGAAAAAGGACCCCGGAGGGGUCGGCCUGCAGAUUGAGGCACCCUCACCGGUGCCAUGCAACUCGAUACUCAACAUGACUGUGAACAGCAUCAACUUGCCGGUUCCUUUGACCAUGGAGGAAAAGAAGUACCUACUAGCGGUGGAGAGGGGUGAUGCAGCUACUGUCAAGAGGAUCCUCCAGCGUUCCCACCGCCGUCACCACAUCAACAUCAACUGUGUGGACCCGUUGGGCCGUGGUGCCCUCACUUUGGCCAUCGAUGGCGAAAACCUGGAGAUGGUCGAACUGCUCAUCAUCAUGCAGGUGGAGACGAAGGACGGUUUGCUGCAUGCGAUAAACGCCGAGUUUGUCGAAGCCGUUGAGCUACUCCUGGAGCACGAGGAACUAAUCCACAAGGACGGUGAACCUUAUAGCUGGCAAAAAGUGGACAUCAAUACGGCCCUUUUCACCCCGGAUAUCACCCCUCUGAUGCUGGCUGCCCACAAGAAUAACUACGAAAUUUUAAAGAUCCUCCUGGAUCGUGGCGCAACGCUCCCGAUGCCUCACGAUGUCAAGUGCGGUUGCGACGAGUGUAUCCGUCGCUCGACGGAGGAUUCGCUUCGCCACUCGUUGGCCCGUGUCAACGAGUAUCGUGCCUUGGCUAGUCCUUCCUUGAUCGCGCUCAGCUCUCAGGAUCCUCUGCUCACGGCUUUCCAACUGUCUUGGGAGCUCCGGAACUUGGCCUUCGCCGAACAGGAGUGCAAAGCUCAAUACCUAGAGCUUCGUCGCCAGUGUCAGGGCUUUGCUGUGGAUCUGCUGGAUCAAUCACGAAGCUCUCAGGAACUGGCCAUCAUUCUGAACUACGACCCGGAAUCACCUCCUUACAUGGACGGUGAUCACAUGAAACUGACCCGACUGGAGCUGGCUAUCGACUACAAGCAGAAGAAAUUUGUGGCUCACGCAAACAUUCAGCAACUGCUGGCCGCUAUGUGGUAUGAAGGCGUUCCCGGCUUCCGACGAAAAACCGCAAUGGAGAAGAUUGGGAUCAUUUUAAAAGUGGCCAUUCUGUUCCCAUUCUACUGCAUGAUGUACAUGAUUGCACCGACAUGUGAAACGGCCAUGUUUUUGAGAAAACCAUUCAUGAAGUUCUUGAUCCACGCCUCAUCGUAUCUAUUUUUCUUGUUCCUAUUGAUUCUGGUAUCUCAACGAGCGGAAGUACAAGUGGUACUUUUAUUCGGAACGGAUAGUAUGAAACGAGCGCUACAGGAGGAGUUGGCCCGACAGCGAGGCAACGGUCCAACUUACCUGGAGUGCCUCGUGGUGGUCUACGUGAUGGGCUUCAUAUGGGAAGAAACGCAGGAAAUCUUCGUCGAAGGCAUCCGCAACUACCUCAAGAACAUGUGGAACUUUAUCGAUUUCUCCAGGAACUUCUUGUAUUGCUGUGUCACAUUGCUUCGAGUGAUCGCUUACAUUCAGCAGACUUCGGAAAUCAACAACGACCCAAGCACGGCUUACAUCGCUCGAGAACACUGGGAUGACUUCGAUCCUCAACUGAUCGCGGAAGGUUUGUUUGCUGCGGCCAACAUCUUCUCGGCACUGAAGCUGAUUCAUCUGUUCUCAAUCAAUCCACAUCUUGGGCCACUGCAGAUCUCGCUAGGCCGAAUGGUUAUCGACAUUGUCAAGUUCUUCUUUAUCUACUCGUUGGUUCUGUUUGCGUUCGCCUGUGGUCUGAACCAGCUGCUGUGGUACUUUGCCGAUUUGGAAAAGGUGAAAUGUUACAGCUUAAAGGGAGGACUACCGGAUUGGGAUAAUCAAGGGGACGCUUGCAUGAAAUGGAGACGUUUUGGAAACCUAUUUGAAUCAUCGCAGUCACUGUUCUGGGCCAGUUUCGGUAUGGUUGGGCUGGAGAGCUUCGAACUGACAGGCAUCAAGUCGUACACUCGGUUCUGGGGUCUGCUCAUGUUUGGAUCAUACAGUGUGAUCAACGUAAUUGUUCUAUUGAACCUGCUUAUCGCUAUGAUGUCCAACUCGUAUGCCAUGAUUGAUGAACACUCAGACACGGAGUGGAAGUUUGCUCGCACCCGGCUCUGGAUGAGCUACUUUGAAGAAAGUUCUACACUUCCGCCACCGUUCAACAUCUUCCCGAACAUGAAGCACCUGAUGCGGCUGUGUGGCAAGAAGAAGAAGCGGGACAUCAAGCGGGAGUCGACUAUUCGCCGCAGAGAGGACAAGGAACGCGCCGAGCGGUACACCAAUGUGAUGCGAUCGCUCGUCUGGCGGUAUGUAUCGGCCAUGCAUCGCAAGAUGGAGGAGAAUGCCGUCACCGAGGAUGACAUCAACGAAGUGAAGGGCGAAAUCUCGGCGAUGCGUUACGAGCUGCUGGAAAUCUUCGAGAAGAACGGCAUGGAUGUUUCGGCGGCUGAUCGUAAGGAGAAGGCCGUGCUCGCCAAGCGCAUGAAGAUCUGGGAGCGUCGUCUGAUGAAGGACUUCCACGUGGCGCCGGUUGAUAUGCAAGAAAACGUUCUCGAAGAGGAAGACGAGGAAGAAGAUGCCAACCCGUUGGCUAGAUUCCGUCGUGUGGCCAAAAAGGUUGCCAAUCAAACGACCUCGGCCAAGUGGGGUCAGGUCAUGUCCGGCGUAGGAAUAGAAACCAAUUCACAGAUUGGUCGGUGCAAGAACCGUGAUAGCUUCCGCCAGCAGCAAAAUCUGCAAAAGGCUAUGAACGAAGCUCGUCGUCUGGUAGAACGCAGCCCUGUGGCUCGCUCGCGAAGUGCCUCUCCCAUGAUCGAUAGUUACGAAGAUGAGACCACCAAUACACUGUUGCAGUUGAUUAACCAACUUGCAGAGGAAACUGGAGGUGCUGUCUCACCGGGAAAUACACUGCAUACCAUGGGCAUGAAUAGUCGUGCGGCGACUCCUUUGAAUAUGCUAACUGCUCAGUUACAGGCUGUUCUCAGCAAGAGUCCAUCUCCGAUGAUGAUGAAGUCGACUAAGGCAGGAGAUGGCAAAUCAGCCGGCAGUCUGAGCCAUAAUAGAUCGCCAGCUCCUCGGCAUGAAAGCAAGACUCCAUUGGCUUCCAUAAACGAUAGCAUGUCACCGUCUCCCGAGCCGUCUACUCCGAUUGAAAAGAAAACUUCCCUGGAGAUAAGCUCUCCUCCACGCAUCAUGUCUCCCAAACCAGCCAAGUCUCCCAUUCCACCAAUUCAGUCCCCACCGCCAGUGAUCCGUGUCACCCGUACCGAAUCGCAGCUGGUUAAGAAAUCCGAUUCCAAGGAAAGUGCUGUUGAUGUGCCACCAUCCAUCGAGAUCAAACCACCAACUCCUCUAACUUCGAAGCCCUCUUCACCGAUUCUACCAAAAUCAGAUAAAUCUGAGGUGAAACCAGACGAAGCUGUGGUUCAUUCUGACGAUCCUUCCCCUCUUGUUGCCGGAGUCAACUCACCACCAAAGGUCAUCAAACGUAAGUCUCCUGCACCGUCUACUCCGGAUGCUUCACAAGCUGGAGACAUUACCGUAUCUCGCCCGGUUGCUGCCAAGCCCCAGCCGGGUCAGGGAAUGCUUCCCCCUCCUCCAAGCAAGGAAGAGCCUCCAUCUGCACCAGCAGUAUCCAUCCCAGCACUUUCCACCACCCCGGCAACUCCACUUCCCGUGCCCAAGAACCUCGGUGCCACUCCCAAAAAGUCUCCACCUCCGAUUGCCGCUAAACCUCAAUCACCUCCUCUCCCACCAAAGACGACAUCACCAACACCCCCCGCGGUGAAAGUGGAGCUCAUGUCCGAACAGUUGACCGAUGUGACUUCGAGCACCGAGCAGCUCAUCGGCAGUGGCGACAAGGAUCCAUCGGCGGACGCUGCCCGGGCUGCGUCUUCGCCUGUAUGUCUGCGCCCGGUCCAUAGGAUCGCCGAUGUAAAGACGGUCAAGCGGCAGCCGAAGACUGGUUGGCUGUAAGGAAAGUGCGAAACGGUCAAAAUCAAAAAAAGUGGUGGUUGUGGACGUUGCUCGUGAAAAAUCUGCUUUUUUAUUUUAUUCAAUAUUCGAUAGCAUUAUUGUAAUCGUUAACUCAUUAUAAUUGGUAAUUGAAUUUUAGCUUGGGGAAAAAGUGAUAACAUCAUGGAAACGUUGCCAAAGAAGUGGAAUCUAUAUCUAAUAACAUGUUAUCAAAAACUACAUAUUCAAAAUCAAACAUAGAUAAGGAUGGAUAUUGUGAUACGUUGCAGUAAAUAUUAAACUUUACCAUCUUUUGAACA